CCCAUCACGCAUUUCAUAACGCCCACGCAGGAUCUGUUUUUUUUAACGUCUAGCACAACCUGUCUUCCUCUCCCGGAGGGGAAAUCCCAACAAACGAGGGCUGUUACAGGGGAGUGGUUUGCGCCAACAACAAAUUAAAGUCAUCCAGAGCUUGAGCUUUCAGUUAUAUGCAGGUGUUCAGUAACAAAGCACAGGUCUUGAUCCUGCAGAUGCGCACAACUUGACAGACACACCUCAGUAACCCUGUGUAGGAGGAAGUCAGUUGCGGGGCAUUUUGUGCUGCAGUUGUUCCUUGUUUCUGAUCCUGCGUUGACAAGCAAAAAGGCAGUUUACCCUCCAGGUUGUGUGUGUGGAGGGAGCAGCAGAGAAAACUGACAGAGAACGCUGGCUGAGAAUCAGUGAAUGACUCCGUAAACAUGCUGGAUUCUAGAGGGAUUGAAAUCUCAGGAGGCCAGACUCUGCUGGCCGCUCACUUCAGUUCGAGUUUCAGAGGGUGCUCAUUUGCUGAUGUGAAGCCGCCACCGGUGAGAACCGUGAAGCAAAUGCUAAUGAUGAAACGUAAAAAUCUACAGAACUGCUCACAGGACAACUACAAUUUGGAGCACAAACGCAUGUCUCCAAAAUACGAAACUUCUCCCACUGGCGUGAAUCAUCAUCAGUUAAGCCCUCCAGCGCCUGUCAGUCAAAAUACCACCGCCCUGUUUCCAACUGCUGCUCCUGAAAAUGCUCCAAUGAAACAAGAGUUUCUCAUAAAUCAACAAAUGCAGUACGGCUUCGAGUAUCCACCCCUGCAGGAACAAAGGACCCCGUCUCCUGAAGCCAGGAUGACCUUGUUUGAAUGGCAAAUACAGCAGGAGGCACGCAAAGUCGAAGGAAUGUCCCUAGAGCAGCUGUCCAUGCAGGACUCAGAUGGUGACACAUUCCUUCACAUAGCAGUAGCAAAAGGUCUGCGUGCUCUGGCUUAUGUGCUCUCUGCAAAAAUGGCCGGAUCUGGCUUUCUGGACAUUAAAGAACACAACGGGCAGAGCCCUCUCCAGAUCGCGGUUGCCACCAAUCAGUACUUAAUUGUCCAAGACCUCAUGGCUCACGGAGCUCAGGUCAACACGAGAGACUCCUGGGGCCGUGCUCCUUUGCAUGUGUGUGCUGAGAAAGGCCACUAUCUCACUUUGCAGAGCAUCUGGAAGGCCUUAAAAGGAAAUAGGGAACUGAUCGAUGUAGAAGUGUUCAGUUACGAUGGUUUGACUGCUCUUCAUUUGGCCGUCUUGUCUCACAACACUGUUGUGAAGGACCUGAGGAACCUGCAAAAUCCCUGCAUAUUCAUGACCACAGAGCUGGGGCAGCGGAAGCGCAUGUACUUGGAAUGUAUCAAGAUUCUGCUGAACAUGGGCGCCUCCUGUGGGACAAAGGAUCAGAAAAGUGGACGGACUUCUCUCCAUAUGGCUUGUGAGGAGGCAAAUGUGGAGCUGCUGAGGAUUUUUCUUGACCAGCCAACAAUGCUGUCCAUUGUAAAUGUUAAGACGUUCAGUGGAAACACAGCGCUGCACAUCGUCAGCUCUCUGGCCAAUCACAAUACUCAAGCCGAAGCGGUGAAGCUGCUUAUGAGAAAGGGAGCCGAUCCCGGGGUUAGGAACUUAGAAAAUGAGCUGCCGUCUCAGCUGGUACCUGAAGGUCCUGCUGGGGAAAAGGUGAGGCAGAUCCUGAAAGGAAAACAUGUUAAUGCUUAAAUAAAGCUGAAGAACACUGUCAGUCAGACAGUUGAGUAUGAUAAAUAUGAUUUGCCAAACAAGGCAGAUGGUGGUUGUUUCAGUGAAACAUGUCGAGUUGUUCAUUACAGUGUAAUGCUUAAAAAAAAGAAAAAAGAAAAAAAUUGUACUUAUGUCAAAUUUUUUUGUUACUUUUAUCAAGUAGGAUCAGUGUGAUUAUUCUCUACAGGUUUUUAGCGUUUAGAAAGGAAUCUUGUUUUUUCUUUUGUUUUUUAAUUUUUUAAUAUUUUAGCACCAAGUGAAAUCCUUUUGUUAAUGCAGUGGAAAAUAUUUACCCAUCUCAUCAAGAGAUAGUACUUUGAAAGGUAUCAAAUGAUUUUUUUUUUUUUCCCUGGCAUAUUGAGCCAAAAUGUAACAAGUGGUGCAUCCCUAAUCAAAUCUACACUUAAUUUUGUAAGUUUAAAUCUUUGUAAGAGUUCUGAUCUUAAAUAUCUAAUGUUUUGAUAAUGAUGUGCAAAAUGUUAUGUGGGGAAAAAAAAAACACUGAACCAACUUUUUUUCUAACUAUGUAAUUACACUAAUGUGUUGUUUUUGUCUUCAUGACUGUGUUAUUGUAAAGGUAACUAUUGUGAUGUGUGAAUUGUCUUGUUUUACAUUUUUAGUUAAGUUUCAACUUUAUCGUUGUAAAUAGGAGGGGUGAUACAGAAUUCUGGGACUCUGCCUCAUAUACUUAAUUUGGGCAAUCAUCUGUUAAUGUCUUAUGUGUGUCUGCAACACACUGUGGGAAAACCUCCAACUCCAACUUUGAUUUAAUUUUGGAGAACUGGACGAAGUCACCUGGAGGAAUAUGUGGCUAAUAUGGUGGCGAAUCCCAGAAUAUUUACCACAAUUUCUAAUUUUUUAAACAUUUUUUUUAAUGUUACUGCAUGUGAUUUGCGUUUUCUCAGUACUUAAAAGUAAUGAAGUACACAAAGCAUUUUAUAGUUUGUUGCUGUUAAUGAUGAAAUGUCAGAAAUCCUGUACAGAGGGGAAGGUGACGGUUACAAUCUGUCCAAGAACUGAUUUUCUUCAAACAAUGAUGUAAUCACUGUCAAAUAUAAAUAUAGAAAAAAACAAGCUGGACAACAAUAAAGUCUCUUGGUCUUAGCAA